ACUAAAUAAAUGAAAAGUAAGAAUGGAAGAAACUUAUUAUUCAGGCUUUAAUGAAACUGACUAUGGUGGAUACAGUGAGCCUUGUGACAAAAAUGAUAUAUAUGAAUUUGCUACGCUUUUUAACACCAUCUUGAAUUCAGUCCUCUUUUCCUUCAGUAUCAUUGGAAAUUGCCUUGUUCUCUGGAUCUUGAUCAAAUAUGAAAGUCUUGUGUCUCUCACCAAUGUCUUCAUCUUCAACCUCUCUAUUGCAGAUCUGAUUUUAUCUUCUUGGCUGCCAUUGUUUAUUGUCUACCAUAGACAAGGGUGGGUUUUUGGUGAGGUGGCUUGCAAAAUUUUGAAUGCUUUCUUCUCCAUUGGAUUCUACAGUGGGAUAAUUUUUCUGACAUUUAUGACUUUUCAUCGCUAUCUUUCUGUGGUGGAUCCCUUGUCAGCCCUGAAAGCCAAGAACCCUCUUUUUGGAGUAGCAGCCAGCUUGCUUAGCUGGUUGAUCAGCAUUUGUGCAUCCAUUCCUGUGAUCAUUUAUAAAGCACAGGUUGACAGGAAUGGGUUUAUUAUCUGUGAAUACAGGGACAAUCUUCCUCACUUAGUAAGCAAUUACCAGCAAAAUAUUGUGUUUCUAAUUGCAUUCGUUGUUAUAAUUGUUUGUUAUUUUAGCAUCAUAAAAACGCUACGGCGCUCUCGAUCACAAAGGAAUCACAAGCCAGUCAAGCUAAUAUUUAUCAUUGUUGUGGUUUAUUUUGUUAGCUGGGCGCCUUAUAAUAUUGUGAUGCUAUUGCAGUCAUUCGAAAAACAGCAGUUAUUUAAGUCAUUUCGUGACUGUGAUUUUAGUAAGAACCUUGAUUAUGCCAAAUCUGUCAGUGAAAAGUUGGCAAUAUCCCACUGUUGCCUGAAUCCGAUUUUAUAUGCAUUUGUUGGUAUCAAAUUUAGGCAGCAUUUAAAACGCUUAUUACAUUAUCGCCCGUGUAAACAUGAGGAACAAACGACUUCAAUCAGAACAAAUUCUCAUGACCACUAUCACAAUAAUGAUGGUUCCCUUUAUUAAGGGGAAAUAAAGUGAUUGAUGUUACAGUUAUGUGUUGCUACUACAGCUUUCUUUAAUCGUACAGAUAUACUAGUGAUUUAGCACAAACACUAAUGAUAUUUUUAUUCUGUUAGCAAAAAAAGGCUUGCUUGUACACACUGCAAAUGAUUAAAUUAUGUGUGGCUAUGGCUAUUGUACAUACAUUUUCCAUAUAACCAACAAUUACUGCUGUACUAGCUUUCUCAUUUAACUAAGACACUCAGAGCUACUAGUAGCAGCUACAUGUCAUGGUUACAAAAAUAGACAAUGCUUAUAAUUGCUGAUAAUUGUCCCUAUGUGUGUUUUAGAAGAGGCAGGGUAUUUUCUGGCAUUUUGCAGCCACGACAAGUAGCUGCUGCCAAGUAGCUCUGUGUGUCUUCACCCUAAAUUAUAACUAAUUUACAGGUUGUCUUUGGUAUCUUAAUAUUACUUGCUGCUUAAUGUAAAUUACAAAAUGUUCAAUAAAAUUCUGAUCAAAUGUUA